AUGAAGACUUUUUUCAAAUCUCCAGAACUAUGGGAUGUAGUUGAGACUGGAAUUCCAGAAGGGAAUGCAAACCAAUUGAGAGAACAUCGAAAGAGAGACUCAAAAGCUCUAUUCAGGAUCCAGCAGGCUCUUGAUGAUGAAAUUUUUCCUCACAUAUCAGCAGCUGAGACUUCCAAACAAGCAUGGGAGAUCCUGAAGCAAGAGUACUUUGGAGAUGAUAAAGGAUAUUUGUCUAGAACAUCUGCUAUUGUUAAUAGGAUGAGGUCCUAUGCUGAGAAAAUUGAUAAUCAGAUUGUUGUGUCUAAAGUGUUGAGAAGUUUAACCACCAAAUUUGAGCAUGUUGUUACUGCAAUUGAGGAAUCUAAGGACCUAUCUAUUUAUUCUUUUGAUGAAUUAAUGAGUUCCUUGCUAGCUCAUGAAGAUAGGCUAAAUAGGUCCCGUGAGAAAGUUCAAGAGAAGGCAUUCCAGGUUAAGGGGGAGUUUGGCUACAAGGGAAAAGCAGAAAACUCAGCAGGAUGUGGACAUGGCAGAGGCAAUUUUCGUGGUCGAGGCUGUGGUGGUAGCGGCAGAGGAAAUUUGGCCACAAAGAAGUUGACUGUUGGACGAAGCAGAAAGUUGAGCAGAAGGAAGCCAAUUUCACUCAAAAUGUGGAAGAAGAAAGUAAAUUGUUUAUCGUUAGUUCCCAAAUUAAUUGAAAGUGUGAAUGUUGUGUGGUUCAUUGAUAGCGAAUGCUCAAAUCACAUGUCAAGUUCGAAGUCUCUAUUCAGAGAUCUUGAUGAGUCCCAGAAAAGUGAGGUGCGACUAGGAGAUGACAAACAAGUGCACGUUGAAGGGAAAGGUACAAUUGAGAUAAAAACUGUCCAAGGUAAUGUGAAGCUUUUAUAUGAUGUGCAAUAUGUCCCUACUGUCACGACCCAAGCCUAG